CAGUCUGGCGCUCACCGCUCUCCUCACCGCGCAGCUUUUCUAAUCCUCCUUCUCAAACUCAGUGUCCGGACCAAAACUGCUACAUUCCUGAGGACAAUUUCUAUAACGUUACUGCUCGUGAACUUAUCAUUCUUACAGACCAGAAGAAACAUUUGGAGAACACCUGGACUCUGUUACUUCCUGUUUAUAUAACUUUUGUUGCACUUGAACGACUCCUUUACAUUCCAAAGACUUUUGCCCCGGACCUACAUCGAUUUUUUUGUCUUUUUGAAGCAACGAUCAGAGUAAUUUUUCUUAUUAUCAUAUUAUACUGAAUAGACCAAACAAGCAGGAGGCAGUAGCCUACUUUUUGUUUGCACAACCCAGAAAUAGUCUUAACUGUGGUUUUUGUUCUACGUGUAGUCUUAAAUUAAUUAACAAACGUCAACAAUGGCAAGUUUAAACUCUCUGGAUGCUGUGAAGAGGAAGAUUCAGUGUUUGCAGCAGCAGGCCGAUGACGCAGAGGACCGGGCUCAGGUCCUACAGAGAGAGCUGGACAGUGAACGGGAGCUCCGAGAGAAAGCGGAGGGUGAUGUAGCAGGUCUGAACCGUAGGAUCCAGCUGGUGGAGGAGGAGUUGGACCGAGCCCAGGAGAGGCUGACCACGGCACUGCAGAAACUGGAGGAGGCUGAGAAGGCCGCAGAUGAGAGCGAGAGAGGGAUGAAGGUGAUCGAGAACCGAGCGAUGAAGGACGAGGAGAAGAUGGAGAUUCAGGAGAUGCAGCUGAAGGAGGCUAAACACAUCGCAGAGGAGGCCGACCGUAAAUACGAGGAGGUGGCCCGUAAGCUGGUGAUCCUGGAGGGAGAGCUGGAGAGAGCUGAGGAGAGGGCCGAGCUCUCAGAAUGUAAAGCCAGUGACCUGGAGGAGGAGCUGAAAAAUGUGACCAACAACCUGAAGUCCUUAGAAGCCCAGUCUGAGAAGUACUCAGAAAAAGAAGACAAGUACGAGGAGGAGAUCAAAGUUCUGACUGACAAACUGAAGGAGGCUGAAACCCGUGCAGAGUUUGCAGAGAGGACAGUGACCAAACUGGAAAAGUCCAUUGAUGACCUGGAAGAGAAAUUAUCACAUGCCAAAGAGGAAAAUCUGGGCAUGCACAAAGUCCUGGACCAGACCCUGCAGGAACUGAACAGCUUAUAAACAUGGAGAGCUGGAGAGGACGAGAUCGUCAUGUAACAUUCCUUCAAUGUUCGACUCCAUUCCACAUUUCGAGCUGUUAAAUCUUUAUUCCCCAUGUGAAGGGGGAUUAACUUAAUGCUUGUCCCUUGAUGGUUUUUUUUUUCUAAGGCACAACUUUGUUUCUUUUUUAAGAUGGGAAGUUAUUUUGACCACAUCGUUUCUUUUUUAUCUCCAGCUGCAAUUGCAGAAAUUCUCCCCUGAAAUGAUUUUUGACCACUCAUAGAAAGAACUGGCAAUUAAUACACCCAAAGAAACCUCAGAUUUGGUCACUGGACCACUUAAACUGGCUCAAUCUUACAUUCUAUGUGCACAUACAUUAAGCCUCUGUCUGAUUAUUUUAAUACAUAUGCUACAGAUGGUGCUGGGUUUCACUCAAAAUACAUUAGUGUGGCUCUGAAGUGCCACCCAGUGGUGAUAUGAAGUUAGUCAGCGGUUGUGUUUUUCUGAUCAUGCUGUACCACCUUAAGAGGCUACAAGACACAGACAUUCAACUCAGUAUGUGUGCCUGUCUUAGCGGUAUCCUCCUAAAUCUGUUUGUGUUUAAACAGCAUGAUGGUCAAAUGGACAGGUGACCUUAUGGAAAGGUUUCAUUGAUAAGCAAACAGGUCAAGGCAACAUGUUGCUCAGUCACUCUAGGCUUCCUUACAUUUAAUAAAAAAGUAAUGCCUUCUGCCAAUCCCUGAUCAUCCUGAGGCCUACACGUUGAAGAUGCACAGAAUAUUUAUGUGCGAGUUUUUCUACUCUCCUUUUGGUGUGGGAAUCUGUGCAGAACCUGAGAGCUGUGUAUGUACAGUACCCAGCACUGACAUGCAUAUCUAAGCAGUACUUCCUUUCCCUAAGCUUGACUUGACCAUUGACACAUUCUGCAUCAUUUCCAAAAAUAUGACAUAAUGUAGCCAAUAUUUACAAUAUAUUGUAUUGCAUGAGCGAGCUAAACCCCAAACCACUGGAAGCUCAGUCAGUUUUUAUCAACCAUGGAUACUUAUUGUAUAUAGUAGAAUAAUGUUAGGUCUGUGAGAAAUUGUAUUGAUUUUUUUGGUUUUGUUUCAUUUACACCACUUCUUUUUGCCAGGGGAACUCUCAAGACCAAAGAACACACAUAACGCAGACAAUAAAUUCUUUAAAUGUUUUAUUUUUGUUUGUGAUGGUCAUCGUGGUUUCAUCUCAUGCCAUGAAAAGCGCCUCACACGUUAUCGAGACCAUUUUGAAAUAUUUCAUUCACCACUCCCUUCUAUGUCAACCUAAUAAAUGUUUUACAGAAA